AGAAAUUAUGUAAAGCAUUCACUAUCGAAACUUUAAGGUCAAAGGUGAGAAGGAAGUUCAGGAAGAACAUGGCCUGGCCAAAUCUUUUUCAAAGAGGAACUCUGCUUUCCCAGUUCAGCCAGCAUCAUGUUGUUGUGUUCCUGCUCACCUUCUUCAGUUAUUCAUUGCUCCAUGCUUCAAGAAAAACAUUUAGCAACGUCAAAGUCAGUAUCUCUGAGCAGUGGACCCCAAGUGCUUUUAACACGUCAGCUGGAUUGGCUGUAGAGAUCUGGAGCUGCAACCACUUGUUCCCCAGCGUAGAGGAAGCCACUCUCUUCCUCGGAACACUGGACACUAUUUUCCUCUUCUCCUAUGCUGUGGGUCUUUUCAUCAGCGGCAUCAUUGGGGAUCGGCUGAAUUUACGAUGGGUUCUAUCUUUUGGCAUGUGCUCUUCUGCAUUAGUGGUGUUUGUCUUUGGCACUGUGACAGAAUGGCUGCACUUCUACAACAAAUGGCUGUACUGCUGCCUGUGGAUUGUGAACGGCCUGCUGCAGUCCACUGGGUGGCCCUGCGUGGUAGCUGUCAUGGGCAACUGGUUUGGGAAAGCUGGACGAGGAGUUGUUUUUGGUCUCUGGAGUGCCUGUGCUUCAGUGGGCAAUAUUUUGGGAGCGUGCCUAGCUUCUUCUGUACUGCAGUAUGGUUAUGAGUAUGCCUUUCUGGUGACGGCGUCUGUGCAGUUUGCUGGUGGGAUCGUCAUCUUCUUUGGACUCCUGGUGUCACCAGAAGAAAUUGGUCUCUCAGGUAUUGAGGCAGAAGAAAAUUCUGAAGAAGACUCACACCGGCCGUUAAUUAAUGGUGCCGAAAAUGAAGAUGAAUAUGAGCCUAAUUAUUCAGUCCAAGAAGACAAUGCUGUUACCCAAGUCAAGGCCAUCAGCUUCUAUCAGGCUUGCUGCCUUCCUGGAGUCAUGCUGUAUUCACUGGCCUAUGCCUGCUUGAAGUUGGUGAAUUACUCCUUCUUCUUCUGGUUGCCCUUUUAUCUGAGUAACAACUUCAGAUGGAAGGAGGCUGAAGCUGACAAGCUGUCCAUUUGGUACGAUGUUGGAGGAAUCAUAGUAUUUAGUGUCUUUGAUCCAGGACAAGCUAGGAUGGAUGUGGGUUUUCUACUUUUUCAUUCUCAUGACAAGUUGUACAAUUGUGUUUAUCUCACCAUUAAUAGUGAGGGAAGUAUUGUAUCUUGUGCAAAGGAGACAAGCUCACGUAUUGAGUGGGUGACUGGUGCCCACAAGAAGAAACGAACCAUAGGAGACAUAGCAGGACUGUUAUGUUUUCUAAUUCACCCUCUAAGAUGGAGGUCAUCUAAGAGCUCCAGCAGAACCUCGGGUUAUCAGGCCUCUUUAAACACUGCCAGCCACUGGAGGUGCUGACCAGUAGGGAAGGCUGGGCUAUUCUUCUACACUACAGGAAUUAUUGUUGAUUAUUUUUAUUGCUGCUUCACAAAUGUAUUCAGUGGCCUACAGGAAUUAUUGUUGAUGACUUUUAUUAUUGAUGCUUUAUGAAGGUACUGAAUGGCCUGUGAAUCUGCCAGUGUCUUUGCUUGGCCUGUUGAGGUUUAUCCUUUUAACCUUAAAUGUUGCAUUGGACUUGGACUCUUGUUCUCCAGGCUCACAAGCUGAGCGGACGGGAGGCAGAACCAUGCAUGGUUUUAUUGAUGAUGGGCUCCACGAAUAGAAAAGGUCAUUGCCUUUUGCCUUGGUAAUGAGUUUGCAGAGAGUGCUCAUCUUUGAAGCAUCAAAUCCUGAUAAAGUGCUCAAGCUGGAUGAAGCUGUAAGCCUGCCUUGGACAAAGAAUCUCUUUACAAACUGUGGUGAGAAAGAUCACACUACAUGCUUAUUGGCUCAGUCACUCUGUGUCUGAUCUAAAAGUCAUUCAGCUCUAGAAGCAGGAAUAUCUUCAAAUUACUGUCAACUUGUUCUCCCCCAUCUUCAUUCAGAAUUAACUUGACUCCUGGAAGUACUUAGCCUUCUUUUCAAGGACCAUAAGGUACAGCAGUUAUCUUGAACAUUCCAAUGUGUAACUUAUGAUUGAAGUACUCAACCAGGUUUGUGGGUUUGUGGGAACUUGAGGACCCUCUAGGAGGCUAAUCUGCUUCACCCAAAUUUUAGAGGAUUAAUCUCUAAAAUUACAACUGGUUACAACUGGUUCCUGGAGUUACCUCAGCAGAAGGCUAGAAUUAGAGAAAAGGGAAAGACCUUUUGUCCUAGUGAGUGUUUAGUAUGUGGUAUUGAAUCACAUUAAUGGAUUACUAGUGCCUGAGGGGUGUCUGUUCUUUAGAAAACUGUAGAAUAUAUGUCUUCAGGGCUGUGAAUUCUAUGCUAAUUAUCAAUAUUUUAAGGUCAUUUUAUAUAUAUUUUAAAUUAUGUAAUCAAAUUAGGAAAAUGUGCAAUUUUGAGGGAUACCUAAUUUGCAUUGGGUUAGGGAAUAUUUUUCAACCUCUCGCUUUAUACUCUGAAAUGUGGUGUGUUGAUGAACUUGUUAUUUAAUCAUGCAGCUUUCCAAUCAUUUUAUUGCUCAUUUACUGAGAAAAAGGGAAAAUACAAAACAGAAAGGGAAAAUAAACUGACUUUUAUAAUAAAGAUAUGUGCGCUUGGUUUAAAUCUAUACCGUGAGCUCUGAGUUUUAGACUGUGACCAGGUGUUUAGGUUUCCUGACAGUGAGCAUUCUCUGGCAGGCAGGCACUGGUGCCACAGUGUCGCCCUGGCUCCUCUACCUUAGAUGCUGUUGUGUUCUGUGAAAACUUGUCCUCUCCCCUUGUGGAAGAUGGUGCUCAGUUUGGAUGAAUCGCCUAGUUGUAAUUUCGGAACCACCUGUAGAUGAGCCCCAGUUUAUUAUUGAACUUCUUGCUGACAUUUGGCUCAGAGAGUUUCCUGUCCCCCCAUGCCAUUAGUGUGGUCACAUCUGUGUGUCCCGACACUAACCAGUUUUCUUACCCAGUACCCAAUUUAUCCUUGAGUGGGUGAGUGUUCCCCUGAUGUAUGGCCCCAAGCUGUACCAAAUAUGAAAUUAUAAAUAAAAUAAAUGCUCAGCAGUA